CGACAGACAAUCCCAACCUGAACAAUGCCAUCCCUUCGAAUUCGUCCGUUCCAAUCGUUCCUGCGCGGGACAACCCCAUUGACGCGAUUCUCACAAAGACGAUGGGCCCAAAUCCACGAUGUCCGCUAUCUUGCCACACACCACGAUCCCAGUCAAGUGUUGGAUAAAUACCGAGAGAAACUGAACCAGAAGGCCAAGCAGGAGGGUCAUGAAAACGUCGAGUCGCUGAAAGAAGCCUACAAGGAUAAGAUCGAAGACCUCCGGCGCAAAGCUUCCACAGUAGCAACCCCAGAGCCCGACACCCCGUCUGCCUCUUCCACCUCACCCUCUGCCGUCCCUCCUCCUCCCCGUCCUCAAGAAUCCACCUCUGAGAUCAAGAAAUCCGAGUCCAGCGGUAUCAAGCCCCUCGACUCCUUCAUUGAUGUGCAGAAGUUCCUCGAUCUCCCGCCCAAGGAAAUCGAAGGUAUCUGGCGACUCCGUCAUGCGUCGAAUCCCGGCUCCAUCUGCGCAGUUAUCCCGGUUGAAGCAUACCAGCGUAUCUCCGCUGCAGCGCGCCAGAACCCGCAGUUCAUCCUUCCACUGCCCCGCAAUGAGGUCCAGCAAGAAGAACCCGUCAAGAACGGUAAGGGAGAGGAAACUGGUGAGACUCAGUCUACCACCAAGGCUGGCGCAGACAUCCACUUCCUCCAAUGGGGCUUCCACCCACCUGCUUCGCCGCCGGCAGAGACCGCAACACCUGCUCAGCUUGCGAACGCCCACACAUCGACAAUUAUCUUCACCUCGCUUGCGGCAUACAAGUUGCACGGUGCUUACGCCCAGCCUCACACCACUAUCACCAACUACCUCGACCUCGCAGAGUCGAAGGGCUUGGUACUCAUGCUCGGCCAGGUGAUGCCGGAUGCUGGUGUGUCGACUUCCGAAGCGAGCUGGCUGGUUAGCUGUGUACAGCGGUUCUACGACUUUGGAGGUCAAGCCAAUGAGCGGAAGAGCGAGUUGGUGCGUAGCUUUAACCGUGGUGAUACCGAGGUUUUCAAGAUUGACCAUCUGCUGGAGGAGACGGAGAAGCUAUAGAUUAUUUAGGUGGAUUGUAUAUUGACUACCCUGUACAAUAGAUAUGAUUGAUCAUGGUUUUAUCUGAUGAAUGAAUGAAUACCCGCUCCUCGCUCUUGCAAUAACC